CAAGCUGGAAUUGCCGGAGAAAAAAUACCAGUGCAGAAUGUGCUGAGUAUAAAUAAGAGACGGUUCGCUAUCCGUUCGCUUUCAAUAUUAAAUCUUCACUUUAGCUGGUUGGAUUGUUCAAUUUUAUAUUUAUUUCAGUUCAUUUAAAGAAAUAAAUAAAAAAUGUCUGUACCAGCGUGGUUAUCAGCGCCGUUUAUAGAAAAAGCAUUACGCCGGUCUGAAAAUGACGAUUCAAUUUGUAUCGUUGAUUGUUCGAUUAAACCGGCAACAAAUAAAGGUGACAAUUAUACAAGUGACAUGCACCGAGUUACUGUUGAGUACAGGCAUAAUCAAGGAGCCAAAGCUAUCACGGAAAAAAUUUCCAUUAUUGUCAAAGUAGCUCCGACUGCGGAAGGUAUUCAUAAGGAUUUAAUUGCAGAAGCUGGACUUUUUGGUGUUGAAAUAAAAAUGAUGACCACGACGUUAAAAGAAAUGCAAUUGAUAUUGAAAGACAAAAAAUUAAGCGGAAGGUGUCUGUACACUCAGGAAAAAGAUCCACCGCUUUUGAUAAUCGAAGACUUGGCUCCUCUCGGUUUUCGAAUGGCUGACCGUCAAGCUGGCCUUGAUCUGCACCAUUGCAUACUCGCAUUACGGGGAUUAGCCAAAUUUCACGCAAGUUCUGUUGCAGUUUAUGAAAAAACGCCAAAGUACAAAGAAACAUAUGUAAAAGGAAUAUUCAAUACUGGGAACCCACCAGACAUGAUAAGAUUCUUCACAAGUGGAAUGAAGUCCCUAGCGAAGGCCGUAAAGUCUUGGCCGGAAUUGGACGACACCUAUGCCGAUAAAUUGGACAAAUUAGCGGAUACCGCAUACGAGCGGGCAUCUGAGUCUCGAAUCCCAGACGAAACUGAAUUCAAUGUCAUAAACCACGGAGAUUUUUGGGUCAACAACAUGCUCUUCAAGUACAAUGAUGAUGGCAAGGUUAUCGACCAUAUUUUCGUUGAUUUUCAACUAUGUGUCUACGGCUCGCCAGCAGUCGACUUGGCCUACUUUUUCAACACGAGUCCUUCCGAAGAAGUUUUGUCAAAGCAUACAGACAACCUGAUUGAGGAGUACGUAAAAGUCCUGUCAGAAACGAUGAAGAAAAUAGGUUGCAAAAGAUCUCCCCCCAGUAUUGCCGACAUAAAAAAAUCAUUGGCCAAAAGAGACGUGUAUGGUUUUGUAGCAGCAUGCACAAUUCUGCCCAUCGUUCUGAUUGACAAAAGUCAGGCCCAAAAUAUCGAAGAAAUAAUGGGACAAGACGACGGAGAGUUCAAUAACAAAUCUUAUGAAAAUCCGAUCUACAAAAAAACCAUGCUCAGAAGAUUGCCCCAGUGGAAAGUUGCUGGACUGCUUGAAGCUUAAUUAAUUACCGUUUUAUUUAUUGCUGUAGAUAUUUAUUGUGAAUUAGUGAAUUUGCACUGUAUUAUUAAGAUUGAUUGAUGAUUAAUUUAUGCACGAAAAAUGCUAUUUUUGAGUCGAGAAGAUAUCGAAGUUUUUCAAAUUUCAAAUUUCUGUUGAUCUCAAAUGAAGAAUAAAUUUUUGUUUAAAUUAUUGUUUUGUGAAAUAAAAAUUUAUGAAUU